AUGUCAAGUGUUGCGGCUUCUGGUUUAAUUGGCCCAAAUUCUGGUCUAAUCCCUUCACAACUUGUGAGAAACAAUCUUGGAAACUCAGAUGAGACUUUCAUUCGAAGAGAUCUCACAAAACCUCAGGAGUAUGAAUCGGAAACCGAGUCAGACACUACUACAGACGAUGAUGAUACAAGUGAUGACGAUAAACGACUAGCUAAUAAUCCAGUACUUAAAGAAAGAUUAAAACAACUCGAUCGGUAUGCUACCCCAAUCAAACAUCAUGCUCACUCUCCAGUCCAAGUGAGUGACCAACACACCCUAUCUGGCUUAUACGCCACAAACAUGCCAGUUUCUGAUCAUACACCUCACAGUGGUCCUGUUUCUAUUCAUGCAAAACCCAAUGAAUCCUCUGAGGUAAUAGAUGGUAGCUCCACUCCUCCUGAAUAUCGUUCUCACCAAUUAUCUGUCGCUGAAUCACCAACUUCUUGCAGCGGUCCUGCUUCUCUUAAUACAUCUCUCACCCCCAAACAUAAUCUUUCCCCACCGUAUACCAUUUCGGGUAAUAAUACCAUCAUUCCUGGACCGAUGCAUCAGCAGGAAACAGAUUUAUCUGAUACGUAUUUCCACUUUUCAAAUACUUUACCACAUAAGUCUAACGAAUUACCACCUGGAUACAAAUAUGGCCUAUCUUUCAACUCACUUGAUGUGAUUCAUUCAAAUGAUAUUUUUGCUGAGAAAGUUGGGGCUAACCAAGACUGCGUUUGUAAAGUCUGUCAUAUUGCGUAUCCUAACCGAUCUUCUCUACGAAAUCAUAUGAAGAAGCAUGAAAAUCAUAGCGUAAAGCGUCAUCAAUGUGAUCACUGUCCGUAUUCCACACAGUAUGGGAAGAACCUAAUCAAACAUAUAGAGUCGAUACAUACAGUUGCUAAUUCUCAAGAAUUUCACUGUGAAGGUUGCUCUCGACGCUUUCCAAGUGAGACUCUUCUACGUGAUCAUGAUUGUAUUAUGGCUCAGUGCAACACUUAUCGAUGUAAUGAAUGUGGCAGAGUAUUCAAGACGAAAUUACGAUUAAGAUAUCACACAGAUGUACACAAUCCAAGAAAACCUUAUGUGUGUGACAUUGAAGGUUGUGAUCGAGCUUUUCGUACACCAAAGUAUCUCAAAAAUCACAGGGAUGAAUUUCACAGAAUACAUCCCAAAAACUACGCAUGUCCAGUGGAACAAUGUGACCUAGUUUUUCACCGAAGAACCCAUUUAAAGCGUCAUAUUGCCACACAUGACGAUUCUGAAAAGAAAUAUCAGUGUCAGUGGCCUAAUUGCCAGCGUCGGUUUUGCAGUGAAGAAACACUAAACCUUCAUUAUCGCAAGCAUACUGGUGAAAAACCUUUUAGUUGUGCUCUCUGUUUGUAUAAUUGUUAUGACAGAUCAAGUUUGAACGAACACUAUCAGAUACAUCAUGCCAAGGAUGGGAAUAUUGAUUGUGAUUUUAAGGAUAUUCACCACCAAAUGCCUUCGUCUUGUUCAUCACAACAUCCGGAGACACUGGAAUACAGAGGAACUUGCACUGCUGGAGGCUUAGUAACACGAACAUCUACACCUGUACCAACUUUACGUCAUCGAAUGGCUGAUAUUUUAGACACAUGUGCUCCCCAGGUUCCUGGGCCUCUUGACGCAGAGAUUAGUGGGAUUUUGGAUAGCCUUGACAAAGAAUCGGAUCUACCAGACCUAUUUGGCAGUGGAGGAUUCGAAACAAGUCGUUCGAACACGGAACGAAAAUUUAUUGAUAACUCAAACCACUGUGUCAAUGGCCAAAUUUUCCCUUGUCGACAAAAUAUUCAAUCAUCAUGUGCAACCCCAUUACCCUUGGUGUCGCCAUCCAGUGCCAUCGCAACAGAAUCUGGAACUAACGAGUCUAGUUUGAACUUGGUUUUGCUUAAUAUUCUUUCAGAACUUCAACGUGCAGAGUUAUCUGGUUCCGUUGAGGAGUUCGAAAAAGCGAAAUCACACGUUUUAUCUGUACUUCCAACAUUCGUGAUAGGAGAAAAGCUAACUACCCAGAUUAGUGAAAUUGUUGACGAAGUGAAUGAUGCUCUCGUAGCCCAGCCGUUGCAUGUCGUACGAGCUGCUUUUCAUACUGCUCGUCCCUUCACUCGUGAAGAAUCAUAUAUGAUUGGAUUACUUGAGCAGCAAAUGUCAUCUGAGUCCUCCCUAAUAGCCCCGAAUCCUCCAAGAAGACGCGGUAGGCGUCCGAAACUUCAACAGCAACUACAACCUUAUCUUCAACGCAUAUUUUGUUUAGAAUCUGGUGCAGCAGAAUCUAUGGCAUCACAGUUAGUAAACGCCUCACAGAAGGAUAAGCGAUCCAAUCAUUAUGGCUACUAUAGAAGCUCCGGGUUUAGAAGAGGUCGGAUUUCUCGUAGUCGUGAAAGAUCUAGUAAACAUUUCCAUUUGAGUGUGAAAGUCCCACGGGAUGAAUCAGUUUCAGGAACUAACCAUUUUAAUCACUCUCAGUAUCAUCCCUCGGGAAUAGGUAUAUCCUGUGGUAGUAUUGCAAGAAAACAUCAAGGUAGUGGGGGAUAUCAUAUUGAACGAAUAUCGGAUAAUAUCCAUACUAACUUUUCCAAUGAAAUCAGUUCUCAAAGAAAUCUUAUGGAGCAAUAUAAUACCCACUCCGAGAUUAUUGAUAAUUUAAAGCGCCCGAAUGGCUUUCGUUCUAUUCAUUCACAACUACAGUCAGAAGGCUUUAAUUAUUCAACGGAGAGGUUUCGUUUUCCACGAGAAGAAAAUCUCUUAGAACUGAGUACGAAGUUCCGAAGUCCCGAUGGUGAAUUCGACGAUGGUGAAAAUAGUGACAUUUUAACUCGUAGAUAUAUGCAUAUUCAAAACAAAUCUGAUUCAGCUCAUAAAGAUCAUAGAAUAAGAGGUCAUGUGAUGAGAGAAUCCAAUUUUGAGAGUGAAGAAAAUUCCAGACGCGACGAUUCAUAUGGUGUAAAGAAGGUUCUAGAUCAAGAAACACUCGGCGAAAUGCUAGAAGAUUUCGGUGUUAUAGUACAGCGAAUCGGAGAAACAGCUGGAGCGAGAAAACAUCAGAGCUACUUAGAUGGUCAACCACUUAAUCUUUCUGAUUUUACACAUGGGGAACAGUUUUCAGGUCCUAUCAACUCUCGUCCUAUUCAUAACAAAAAUGGAAAUGAUGCACAAUCUACCCAGCUCCCAUCAAUGGUAACUUUAACCUCAGGUAGUGUCAGUACUCCUCCGAGUGUCGAAGAACGUACUCCAGGUUGUGUUUCGAAUGCCGAACCUCAAGUUCUAUCUCCUCAUCUGUCUACAGCAUCUUUGAACGCUCCAUCAUCGAUAAAGUCGUCUCAUCCGUACAAUCAAUCCAGCACACCAAUGUCAGAUACUGACAAUUUAAUUUCAGGUAAAUCGUCCACCAUCACGCUAAACACUUCUCAUAAGUCAGAGCAGAUGACAUACAAUUUAGCUGGUAAUAAUUACCAUCGAGUUGCACCAAUGUGGUCUUGUGAGUCUAUGUGUUGUCCACUAACUCGAGACGAGGAAGUCAGUAAAGCAGAGGAAUCUUGCCCUGGUAAAGAUUAUUCCUCUCAGGUUGGUCAAACGAGAAUUCCUCAAUUCACAGGAAAUUACUCUAAGGAACCAAAUGCGGACAAAAACCAGUGCUUUUAUCCAAAAGAUUUAAGUACUAGAGUACUAUCUUUUGAAGCUGGUUCUGAUUCUACUCAUAACUCGUCAACUCCACCAAGAGCUUUUACAAAACCUAAUCCCAGUGACCCUGAGUUCUCUGGCUUGAGAUACGAAGCAUUAGUAAGUCGUCCUGUUCACUUAUCUUCCAAAGCCUCAGCAAUGGGUUCAUUAAUAUCAGCAGCUGAAGCAGUUGAUCAUUUGAGGUCUUUAUCUGCUUUAGGAGCUAAGUAUACAGCAUCUGUUGGUGCACUGAAGGAGAGUCAGUACCAGCCUUAUCAGAAUUUACGUCCUGGAGAUUAUUCUUACAACUGCACCCGUGUUCAUUCAGAUGGUUUACCGCGAAAUGAUUCCUCAGAACAUUCUGAAUCUGCAACUUCAUAUUUGUCACAUAACUCUGCGCUAAUUUCAACUCAGAAUGCAUUUAGCGCCAAUGUGCCAUCACUAAAUAGUCUCCUCUAUCGUGAUCGUAAAUCAGAGGAAUAUCUUAAUUCUUUAUCUGGAGUAACUGGUAAUGAAUUAAAUCAUGAUAAUUCCAUUAACAUCGGUUCAAAUUCCGCAACUAACACCAAUAUUAAUGGUCAGAAUGACGUCAAAUCCUUAUCAGUCAUCAGAUCUACUGGUUUCGGAAAUUACAUUAAUUCAAGUGCAUUUGGUAAUCUGAAUAAUUACUCAUCUGCGGCUGCUGCCGCCGCUUAUCACCACUUAUCACGUUGUAAUACUAGCAGUAAUAAUGAUAAUGCAGACAAUCAACUUGAAUUAAUAGGACGUCAUAAUUAUACGAAUAAUCCAACUUCUACCUCGUCAUCGUCAUUAACUCAUUCCUUUAUCACAUCAUGUGCAUCUCCAUCUAUUUCAGUACGAUCUAGUCUUCAAGAACUUUAUCAGAAUCAGCAUCACCAUCAGCAUCAUCAUCAUCAACAACAGCAACAGUCGAUUAUUAGACCACCAGUUCAAGAGUUAACAACACGUCGACUUUUAUCUGAAGCAGCUGCAACAGCCUAUGCACAUGGUCUAGGUCGAUGUGAUAGUCAAACUAUUGGUGGGUUACCUGUUUCAUCUAUGCUCCAAGAAGCCCAUUCAGAAAAUUUACGUAAUAAUCAAUUCAACCCAACUGGGUCAUCAUGUACUCAAAAUCAGUCUCGUCAUCAUUCAACUGGGAAUAAUCAGUACAAUACACAGUUAUCAGUACCAUCUAACAACCGAUUACUGAAUGAAUAUAUGUUUUCUAGUAAUAAUAAUUCAACUAGUGAAUAUUCGAAUACAAAUUAUACAGAACAUAAUCCCGGUGCUACAAAUGUGCUUGAUAGUAGCAUUAAUCCAUUUUACUCGUCUCAUUUACAUCAAACAACAAAUAUCAUGCAUAAUGCUUUAUCUAAAUCUAUAGAACAAUCUCAGUCAAAUAAUGCUAGUCAGUUAGUUCAUUCGAUUAAUGAAGUAUCUAAUUUAGCAGCAGCUGAAGCGGCAGCCGCUGCCGCUUAUGCAUACCAUCAAUAUCAACAACAAGCACAAGUUAUAAAUCGUCAACAUUCAAUCAUUUCACAACAACCACCAAGUGCACAUAUAAACUAUCAAAAUUUAUUUAAUCAAACUAAUCGUUCUUACAAUCAUCAUCAGCAUUCAGGACAAUUAAAUGAACAAUUAUCACAGAGAGGAGAUUUAACCUUAUAUAAUAAUACUACACAUUCAGAAAAAAAUGAUCCAAAAGCUGCUUAUUUAGCUGAAACUUAUCGAAAUGCUCAAAUUACACCAGGAAGAUUUUUAUUUUGA